AUGGCUGAACGGGUUGAUCCUGUUGUCGAGGCUUCUAAUAAGUCGCCGGUAUUUGAUACAAAGCCAGCGGGGGGUGACGGCCUCCGGCGAGCAGAUGGUAUUUCGGGAUUAUAUGAAGGAAAUGUCUUUGAGGCAACCCCCGACGAUCGUCGGCAGAUUGGAAUUUUCAGCGCUGCCCUUCUAAUUUUUAAUCGGGUUAUUGGCACGGGUAUCUUUGCCACACCGAGCACUAUCCUUGCAUUGACCGGCAGUGUCGGUCUCUCAUUAUUUAUGUGGGUUAUCGGCACUGUAAUUGCUCUGGCUGGGACGGCAGUUUAUCUAGAAUGGGGUACUGCAAUUCCAAGAAACGGAGGCGAGAAGAACUACCUCGAAUAUGUUUAUACAAAGCCUAAGUUCCUGGCCACUGCCAUGUUUGCCGCCUAUGCUGUGUUACUCGGAUGGGCAGCAAGUAACAGCGUCGUCUUCGGUCAAUAUAUCCUCAACGCAGCAGAUAUUGAGGUCGGACGAUGGAAUCAGCGUGGAAUUGGUAUGGCCUGUCUUACUGCCGCCUUUCUUAUCCACUCCGUUGCCUUGAAAUGGGGUAUUCGUCUUCAGAACGUGCUUGGUAUUAUCAAGUUGAUUAUCGUUUUGUUCAUCAUUGUCGCUGGUUGGGUGGCACUCGGUGGCCAUACGAAGACUGAGACGCCGCAUAACUUCACCAAUGCCUUCGAAGGCACCAAGGGAAGCGGAUAUGGAAUUGUCAUGGCGUUGUACAACGUUAUCUGGUCAUUUAUUGGCUAUUCGAAUGCCAACUAUGCCUUGAGCGAGACAAAGAACCCAGCCCGCACGUUAAAGAUUGCAGCCCCCGUUGCUAUCAUUGCUGUUGGCGUUUUGUAUAUGUUUGUCAACAUCGCCUAUUUCGCCGCCGUAUCGAAAGAAGAAAUGCUCGAGUCUGGCAGCAUUGUGGCCGCCGUGUUCUUCAGGAACAUGUUCGGCAAACAGGCCGAAAAAGUCAUGUCGGUCUUUGUGGCUCUCUCUGCAUUUGGAAAUGUGUUAUCCGUCAUCUUCUCACAAGGGCGAAGUAUGUAUUCUCACUUGCACGUCACGUUUGAACAGUAUACUAAUACGGAUCUCGACAUAGUCGUUCAAGAGCUCGGACGUGAAGGUGUCUUGCCCUUUUCCAAGAUCUGGGCCAGCAACUGGCCUUUCCACUCGCCGGCCGCCGGCCUGCUUGAGCACUAUAUCGUCUCGGUGGUUAUUAUGCUCGCCCCUCCCCCGGGUGAUGCAUACAACUUCCUCCUCAAGUAUGUGAUUUCCAGGACACCCACAAGAUCAUUACUGACAAAUUGUCCCAGCCUCAUUUCUUACCCCCUCGCAAUCGUCAACUUCUUCGUGGCCGCUGGCCUCGUUCAUAUCUACCUCACCAGAGAGAAAAAUUACCCAAAUUGGAAGCCCGGAGUCCGUGCCACGCUACCCGUCACCAUCUUCUUCAUGCUGUCCAACCUGUACCUCGCAAUUGCGCCAUAUGUGCCGCCCAGCGAUGGUCAGAAUGUGUACGAACAGCUACCGUACUACCUGCACUGUGUGGUAGCCCUGGCGCUUUUCGCAGCAGGAGGAAUCUACUACGUUGUCUGGGCGGUGUUGAUGCCUCGGAUUGGUGGGUAUGUGCUUGUGAAGGAGUCUGUCGUGGAUGCCGAUGGAUGGUCUCGCAGUGUUUUUACGAAACUGCCGCAGGCUCAGGCAGUCCAUUCUUAG